AUGUGUGCAAAUACAGCUGGCUGCUACAAGCUAAACUUUGAUUCAUCGAGCACAACAUGCACCCUUCUUGGCAAUGCUGCUACGGGAUACCUUUCUUCUUCAGCUUUCGCAUUGAAUGGGAUUGACUGCAGUGGGUCAUCUUACUCUUGGACCGACUACAAAGUCUCUAUCGGCGUAAGCGUUCUUUUUGGAACAUCAGACUCUCCCGCCGACUUACUUGCGCGCUUGAAACAAAACAACAACUUCUCCUGGACUUCCAAGAACGGGGUCACAGAUGUUCCCGAUUUGAUUUACUCGAUGUCAGUUUUCUUCGAGCCAGUCAUCACUCAGAAUACAGCCGGUCUUACAACUCCUACAGCCGAUCAAGUGUGGAUCACGUUCGAAGGUCUUAUCUACUUCCGCGAAGCUUCAACUUCUUCAAGAAAGCGCCGUCAAUCAUUUUCAAUCAACACAAUCAUCGAGACUCAAGCAGUUGCCGCAGCAAAUGAUGUUACCGAUAACGUGGACUCCGCUGGAGCGACUGUUGACGAAACAUCUGAGCCUGAGACAGUGAUUGAAGAGGUUGAGCCGGUAGUGGUUACAACAACAGAAGCACCAGCAACAACGACAACUGUAGCGCCAGGAGAAACGCCCUGCGAUUCCGGAGACAUAUCUUUACAGACAUCUGCAAAAUGCUGCCCAGAUCAUUUUGGCAUAGCUAUCCACAGCUGUGUCUUUGAGAAGUUGAAUAUGGAUCCUUCUGCUGCAUCUCUUGUCGGACAAAAUGCAGCAAGUAGCUUCAAUCCUCGAACUUCAUCAUCUACAGCGAAUACCUGCGGCGGAACAUUGAUCAAUGGAGAGUAUCACUUCGGAGAACAAGGCAAAAUCACCGAUUGCGGCAACGAAAUAGUUUCUAAUGAUACCCACAUUGUCAUAAAAAGCUCGAUUCAAGGAGUCGCUGGCGUUCAAGUUGGAAAAAUCACUCGUGAAAGAAGACUAAAAGUGGAUUUGGAGUGUGCGUUUCCUCGAGUGCUUAGAGUCAGUACUGGAUCGAGCCCAAUUAUGACAUCCUUGUUCCAUUUUGUCGCAGAUUUGGGAGAAACGAUCGGCAAUUUUGAUGUUAGCAUGGGAGUUUUCAAGGAUGCUGCCUUCAGCACGAAUUUUGCUGCUGACGAGAUCGUUUCGAUUCCCCAGCCUCUUUUUGUCAAAUCUGCGCUUGAAUCUGCUUCUGACAACUUUAAACUUCAACUCAAUCGCUGCUGGGCAACUCCAAAUGAUGACCCUCAAGAUGAAAUCUCGUAUUCCUUUGUUGAAAAUUUCUGCGGCAAUGAGGCUGAAAUCUCGGGUGAUACUUUGGAGAUCUUCGAAAACGGAGAAGAGAGUUUUGCGAGCUUCAGAUUGACUUCUUUUGAGUUCAAUGAUGCCUCAACGGUUUUCCUUCAUUGCGAUGUUAGAAUUUGCGACUCAAGCAUUGAAAAUUGCGUUCCGAACUGUUCUUCAAGAAGAAAACGAAGAUCAAUCGAUGAUGAAAAUUAUCAUACUAUCACUUCUGGUCCUAUUCAAGUGUUCUCCCCUUGA